AUGGAAGAACCCAGUGUUAAGUAUAUUCUUGUACGUGAUCGUUUCGGAUAUGCAUUUGAAAAAAGCUGGCUCGGUCUUACGUCGAAGGCUAUACCAAUACAAUUGUUACCAGGCGAUUUGUUUGAACGUGAUUCCAAGGCUGAACAGCCUACAGACCUAACUAAAGUGGCUGUUGUCGGAAUUGGACGUACAUCAUCACGUAUUGAAUGUCGCAUAGAGGAUCUGACUGGACUAUCUGUAGAACAAGCCAACUUGCAUUUGACCAUUUCUUCAUUUGAAGGAAGAUACCAAACAUUCAUAAGUGGGAAACGUUUGGCAUUUGGAGGACGAUUGUCACCCGGAAGUGCAGUUUUCGUUGAAGUGAAAGAAAUAUUAAAGACUUUACCUGGUGUUGUUCGGUUUAAAGGUGAAUUACCGCCCAAUCUGGGAACUUGGUUUGGAGUUGAGCUGCUU